AAAAAGUCGGAAUUAUGAGAUAUAAAGUCAGAAUUAUAUCUUUGAAUAUAAACAGAAUUAUAAACUCAGAAUUGUGAGAUAUAAAGUCAGAAUUAUGAGAUAUAAAUGUAGAAUUUUGAGACAGAAAGAUGUAAACUCACAACUGCCAAGUAGAAACGAAUAAUUCUGGGGGGAAAAGGCUUUUUUCAUUCAUUUUCAUUUUUAUUCUGUGGCAAAAAAUCAAAAUAAAAAAAUAAUUCUGAGUUCGUAUCUUGCAAUUCUUCUCAGAACUGAGAGUUUAUAUCUUGCAGUUCCGAGUUUAUAUCUCUAAAUUCUGUCAUUUGUUUUCUCAGAAUUCUAAAUUAUAAUCUCAGAAUUCCGAGAUAAAAAGUUUCAUUUUUUAAAUCCCAGAAAUGGGCUUUUACAGACUUCAGCAAAAGUCUCCCUUUGCAGAAAUAAUUGAGACAUUAAAGAGAUCUGAUCUGUGAUUUUUUGUAUGUUUUAUUUUUGGAUGUGGAUGUAGCUGCGUUGGGUUUAGUCUGUGCUACCUUUGUAGGGAUGUUAGUUUUACUAUCGAGUGAGUGAGUGAGUGAGUGAGUGAAUGAACCCUGCUGUGGUUAUUUGACUAAAUAAACAGAUCUGCUGCCCAACCUCCUUUCCGUCUGAGACCCUGGAGACUCGAGCUUUAGCUCCAUCCCUCCCUCCAGCAGCUGUUUGAGCGAGCGCUACAAAACCAGAGAUCACAGACGAGGAGAGAACUUAGCAAGAGCGCAGGCUUUUCCUAGACAUGCUUUUGCUCUGACGUCCAGGCGUCUGCUGAAGAGUCUAAACGUGUCCUGCUCUGGAAGACAGCAUGAAGAGUUUCAGCCGGUACCAACUGACUGCCAUGACAACAGGUUUGCUCCUGCUCUGUCUGGGUAGCUCAGGUCUGGAGCUCAAUCCCAGCGUCUCUCAGGUGGUCCUCUCCAUCAACUCCUCCUUCAGCAUCACCUGCUCCGGCUGGAAUAACGUCACCUGGCGCUUCAAACGGGAAGAGAAAGUUCCGGAGUUCCACGUCGAGAAGCAGAGUUCCUCCUCCAGCGUUCUCAGUCUGGAGCAGGUGACGUGGAGACACACGGGCAUUUAUGUGUGUUCGGAGAACGGGACAGACGAGACCAGAGAGGUGGCUGUCUUUGUGCCUGAUCCUGAGGUGUGGUUCCUCGAGAACGAUCAUUUAAUGGUGACUAAGACGAGAGAGGAAGGCACGAUCCCAUGUCUGGUGACAAAUCCCUCCAUAAACGUCACGCUGUACGAGAGAGACUCAGAGGUAAUGGUGGAGGGUUCGUACAACCCCAGCGUGGGCUUCACCGCCGCCCUGGAGGACAGAACCUACAAAUGCAAAGGAGAGCUGAACGGAGAGGAGAAAGAGUCUAUCGGUUUCUACGUCUUCAGUAUAUUUGCUCCCGAGGCUCUGGAUCCCUACAUCAACGCCUCCAAAACGGUCCUGAAACAAGGCGAGACGCUGAACGUCAACUGCACUAUUCACGGCGUGGAGCUCGUCUACUUCUCCUGGGACUUUCCCCACAAAGACUUGGGGGACAUUGAGCCCUUGACUGACGUCCUGUCGUCCAUGAGCAUGCGGUCCUGUCUCAACAUCACAGACGUGUCUCUGGCCAGAUCAGGACAGUAUGUUUGUCACGUGCAUGAGGGUGUGCAGGACCAGAGAGCUUCAGCCAGUAUUAACAUCACUGUACUGGAGAAAGGGUUCGUGGCUCUUUCUUCACAUCUGGACAGGAACGUCUCGGCGCAUCUCGGAGAAAACGUGGAGCUGAAGGUGGAGAUGGAGGCAUAUCCCAAACCCAGCGUCCAGUGGACUAAAGACGGCGCUGUUAUCAGAGGACACAGCACCAGACAGGAACACGAGACCCGGUUUGUCAGCACACUGACCCUGGUCAGGAUCCGACUGGAGCAGAUGGGUCUCUACACCGUCAGUGUCCAAAACCAAGAUGACUUUAAAGAGAUGACCUUUGACCUAGAGGUGAAAGUUCCUCCUCAGAUAACUGAACUCUCUGACCAUCAGCUGCCGGGUAAGAAGCACGCGGUCACCUGUGUGGCGGAGGGAGUGCCGUCUCCCAGCAUUCAGUGGUUCAGCUGUGACAGCAUGCUCAAGUGCAGUAACAGAAGUGUGGCGUGGAGCCCCCUAGUGGAGGAUCCUGAGAAAGUCAGCAUCCAGACUAACGUUAGCUACAACAUCACACGCAAGAUUCACCAGGUGCACAGUCAGGUGACUCUUCUGCGGCCGCAGCUGCUCACCAUCCGCUGCGAGGCCCAGAACGAGAGAGGCGCUCGAGCCCGAGACAUCAGAUUGGUCAACAGCACGUUUUUUUCUCAGGUGGCCAUUCUGGCCGCAGUCUUAGCGCUGGUGGUCAUCGCCAUCAUCUCCAUCAUCAUCCUCAUCGCUGUGUGGAGGAAGAAGCCGCGCUAUGAAAUCAGGUGGAAGGUGAUUGAAUCGGUCAGUUUGGAUGGACACGAGUACAUCUACGUCGACCCCAUUCACCUGCCCUAUGACCUGGCCUGGGAGAUGCCGCGGGACAGUCUGGUGCUGGGUCGGACGCUGGGAUCUGGAGCGUUUGGGCGUGUUGUUGAGGCGACGGCGUACGGUCUCGGCCGUUCCCAAUCCUCCACUAAAGUGGCAGUGAAAAUGCUGAAAUCGACGGCUCGGAGGAGCGAGACUCAAGCUCUGAUGUCUGAACUCAAGAUCAUGAGUCAUCUGGGUCCUCACAUCAACAUCGUCAACCUGUUGGGCGCCUGUACCAAACACGGUCCGCUGUAUCUGGUGACAGAAUACUGCCGCUAUGGAGAUCUGGUUGACUAUCUGCACAGGAACAAGCACAGCUUCCUCCAGUACCACGCUGACAAGAACCAUAUCGCCAACGGCAGCCAGAUCUGUAAUGACAGCGAUGUGCCGACUGGGAAAGAAUACGUGUCGUUCGGCAGCGAGUGUGAUGGAGGAUAUAUGGACAUGACCAAAGACGAGCAGACCGAAUACGUGCCGAUGCAGGAGCUCACGGACACCAUCAAGUACGCAGAUAUCCAGCCAUCGCCCUAUGAGUCUCCUUACCAACAAGACAUCUACCAGGAGCAAGGUCACAGAGUGGAUCGGUCUCUGGUCAUCAGUGAUUCUCCGGUUCUCAGCUACACUGAUCUUGUGGGUUUCAGUUAUCAGGUGGCCAAAGGCAUGGAGUUCCUGGCCUCAAAGAAUUGUGUGCAUCGGGAUCUGGCAGCAAGAAACGUCUUGAUCUGUGAGGGCAAACUGGCCAAGAUCUGUGACUUUGGACUGGCCAGAGACAUCAUGCAUGACAACAACUACAUCUCCAAAGGCAGCACGUUUCUUCCUCUGAAGUGGAUGGCGCCGGAGAGCAUCUUUCAUAACCUGUACACCACGCUGAGUGAUGUCUGGUCCUACGGUAUCUUACUGUGGGAGAUUUUCACUCUGGGAGGAACCCCGUAUCCAGACGUGCCCAUGAACGAGUUAUUUUACAGCGCUCUGAAGAGAGGAUACCGCAUGACCAAACCCUCGUACGCCUCCGACGACAUUUAUGAGGUCAUGAGGAAAUGUUGGGAUGAGAAGUUUGAGAAGCGUCCCGAGUUCUCCUUUCUGGUGCACACCAUGGGGAACAUGCUGUCAGACGGAUAUAAAAAGAAAUACUCUCAGGUCAGCGACAGCUUUCUGAAGAGCGAUCACCCUGCGGUGGCCCGUGUGAAGCCACGUGUCCUGUCUCCGUUCCCCAACGCAUUCCCUCCUCAGUCUCCGUCCUCGGAUCCGAGCCCAAACCUGACCCCGCGCCCGCAGGCCGACGGAGAGACCGCCGACGCUCCGCACAACGAAUACAUCAUCCCCAUCCCCGAUCCCAAACCCGAAGAGGAGCCCGAGGACGGGCCGGUGCUGAUGGAAAUCCCCUCGAGCUCGUUAAGUUCUGAUGAGGAGACGGUCUCCAUGGAAACCCCGAGCACCGAACCCGAGCGCGAUGAGCUGCUGCCAGAUCAUUCUGGAUGUCCAGAGGUGGAGGAGAGCUUCCUGUGACACACUCCUGCUUCCUGUCAUCAUCAAGUAAUUUUGAUGUACAUUUUGUGCAGAUUUUUAUCAAAUGCAUCAGAAUGAUAUGCUAAAUUCCUCAUGUGCUCUUAAAGACCGUCUGUGAAGGUUGAGGCUUGAACCAGACCAGUUUUUCUUUGUUUUUGUAUUCUUUUCUUACAAAAGUGGUACAAUGCAGUAUUAUAAACUGCAGAAGGCAAUGCUACAAUCAGCUGAUAUGUACAUUAAUUGGGUUACUUUUUGUGUUAAAAUCGCUCUUUGAAAUUAAGUGCAUAUUUCAUUUCUAUAUUCAGACUGCAGUCUGUGACUUUUGAUUUUAACUUUAGAAUUUUUUUUUGUCAAGAUUCUUGUAGCAAACUUGCACUUUAAUGUUUAUGAAUAACUGAAGCAAAUGGAUUAUAUACAUGAUUAUAUACAUGAUUUCAUUUUCUAUUUUUACAUUCUGUAAAUGGAAACAACAGCCCGUUUCCAUCACCGAUUUAAAAAAAAAAAAGAAAUUAAUUGCGACUUUUUAUCUCAAAAUCCUUUUUUUCCAUGCAAUUCUGAGAAAAAAGAAACGCAUAUAAACUCAGAAUUCUGACUUGCGUUCUUGCAAUUUAGAUUUUUUUCUCUGAAUUCUGAGUUUACUUAUCGCAGUUUUUUUUUUUUAUUAUCAUUUUUUUUCAUUUCCACCAUAGAAUAAAAAAAAAAAAAAAGAUAAUUGUAAGUGUAUCUCACAAUUCCGACUUUUUUCUUUUGCAAUUGUAAGUUGUUUUCUUCACAAUUGCAAGUUUGUCUUACAAUUCUGACUUUUUUCCUCACAAUUAUGAGUCUACAUCACAUAAUUCAAAUUUUUUUCUCACUAAAAUGCAAGUUAUAAACUUUUUUCCUCAGAAUUUACAGCACACAGUUUUGACAAAAAGUCAGAAUUGUAAAAAUGUCACAACUGUGAGAUAGAAGUCGGUUAUCUUCUUUUUUUUUUUAUUCUGUUGGAAACAAGCUUCCGUUCACAACACAAUGUUUUUAUGUUUUGUGCAGCUACAGAAUCAAGCUGUUCAGUGUGUGCUUCAUACUAACAGUAUAUCUGAAUGACUGUACAUUAGAAAGUAUAUCUGAAUGACUCAUGGUACAAGAGAAAAAUAUCAUUUAGCUGAUGUUUUUCAUCCAAAGCAUUUUAUAUUCGAGAUCAUUUAACCUGCUCUUAGCAGGUGUCUUACACUGAGAUUAAACUUUACAUGCGGCCCAGGAAUUUAAUCUUCAAAUUAUUAGUUCAAUAUCAUCCACACAAUGUUUAAGUACUUACAUUGAACUUUAUUUUCAUGCAAACACUUAAUAUACCCAAACACAGGUGUUCAUAAAGGCUUCAUCUGUUUUGUCUUGAUUUUAACUGUAGGUAUUCAUAUUAUUAAAUUGCACAUUUCCGUACAUGUAUCACAUAGUAAAAUUACACAUUCUAAGGUACCAAAGCUUUACGUAUGUUUACAAGUAUAUUUUUGUAUAGAUAUUUUGUACAUUGCUCUUUUACACAUUCUAUGUACGAUCAAAAAUAAAAACUGUGAUAAAGUCUGUAA